AUGGCGCAGCACCUGCAGCAGCUGCGUCACCCGUGCAUCGUGGGCUUCGUGGACUUCGUGGAGACUGCAGACUCUCUGUUUAUAGUCCAGGAAUUCAUGAAAGAAGGAGAAUUGUUUUACAAAAUUGUCGAAAAAGGAUCUUUUGCGGAGCCGCAGGCUUGCUUCGUGGCGCAGCAGGUUUUGGCUGCUGUGGUGUACAUGCACCAGCGCGGCGUGAUCCACCGAGACAUAAAGCCCGAAAACAUUUUAAUUUCGGAAGAAGUCGAAGACGGAUUUUACAAAGUCAAAAUCGCCGACUUCGGACUUGCGAAAAAUUUGAUUUCCAACAAAGUUUUGGCGACUUCCAUGGUGGGCACUCCGCAGUACUGGGCGCCUGAAGUGCUCACCUGCGGCGCGAACCGCCACAGCAGCAGCAGCAGCAGCAGCAGCAGCAGCAGCAGCAGCAGCAGCAGCAGCAGCAGCUACAGCUUCGAGGCGGACAUUUGGAGUUUCGGGGUUUGUCUUUAUGUCUUCUUGGGAGGGACUUAUCCCUUCGAAGGUUCUGCGAGUUCGCUGCGGCAAAUGGUGUUGAAUGGUCGUUUCCACUUUCGGCACGCGCGGUUUUCCCGGGUGUCUGAGGAGGCGAAGGAUCUGAUCCGGCGCGCGCUGGUGGUGGACCAGAACAGAAGAAUAACAGAAAGAGAAAUCUUCUACCACCCCUGGAUGACGCGGUGGCUGUGCGAAAGCGACCGCGUGCGCUUCUCGCUGGACAGCAGCAGCAGCAGCAGCAGCAGCAGCAGCAGCAGAAGCGUUUCCUUCGGCUUCAUGCCUCCGCUGCCUCCGCUGGCGUCUCCGUCCCUCCCCUACCCGCUGGCGGCCUGGCGCGCCGCCGCUGCCGCCCCCCCCGCGCCAGCAGCAGCAGCAGCAGCAGCAGCAGCAGCAGCAGCAGCAGCAGACGCAGUGGAGGUGCGCGGGGCCGCGGACCCGUACGAAGUCUCCGUGGGCCCCUUGCUGCCGGGCUUUCUGAAGUCCAGCCGGCCAGUGCCGCCCUUCCACCUGCCGCUGCUGCUGCCGCUGCAGCUGCAUCUGCUGCUGUCCACUCACUUGCUGCUGCUGUCCCUCAGGGGCCCCGCCUGGGGGCCCCAAGGCGGGGCUUUGUCUCCGAUGUUUUUGUUGGCGGAGAAGAUUCAAAAGGACUUGUGGGGUCUCCAGCGGAGUGUACAGACAGCUGUGGCUUUCUUCGAGCUCACGGCCACUUCGGCCAUGGAAACCCUCACUGACAUUCGCGCCCUCUGCUCGGAGGCCCCGGGGGGCCCCGAGGGUACUGAAGAAGCCGUUUUGGAGUUGUUUGGACAAAUCAGAAAGUGGGUUUGCGAAAUGCAAAGAGAAGGAGAAAGACUGGGCCACAGAUAUGAACUCGCGGAGGCUUCAGUCUCAGACCUCAUUUGCUGCGUCGUUGCUGCUCUUUCUGCGGGCACCCCGCAGCAGCAGCAGCAGCAGCAGCAGCAGCAGCAGCGGGCAGCAGCAGCAGCAGCAGCAGCAGCGAGCGACGCGCCCUCAGGGGCAGACACGCCGCUUUCCACGGAGCUCGGAGAAGCAGAAGCUCUCAAUUCAAUUAACUCUUUGAGAGGCUCCAUUAGUUCGGUUCCCGAGCAGGAGCAGCAGCAGCUGCAGCAAGUGCAGCAGCAGCAGCAGCAGGUGCAGCAGCAGCAGCAGCAAACGCAGCAGCAGCAGCAGCAGGUGCAGCAGCAGCUCCACCAAGCGCAGCAGCAACUGCAGAAACAGCAAGUGCAGCAAGUGCAGCAAGUGCAGCCGAAGCAGCAGGAGCAGCAAGUGCAGCAGCAGCAGCAGCAGCAAGUGCAGCAGCAGCAGCAGCAAGCGCAGCAGCAGCAGCGGAAGGAGGAGUCGGCAGCAGUGCUUCAGCAGGCGCUGAUAUCUCCCGUUUUUGCUGCUCAUCCGGGGGCAGCUGAGCAGCAAACUCGAGAAGCAAAUUUGCUGGAAGAGGGCAUUGACGUGUGGGGCGGCAGCAGCAGCAGCAGCAGCAGCAGCAGCAGCAGCAGCAGCAAGGGGCGGAUGGACGUGCUGCGGGAGUUUCUGGGGGCGAGUUUGCGGCGCAUGCUGUACAGCUGCGCGGAGCUGGACCGGAAGCCAGCAGCAGCAGCAGCAGCAGCAGCAGCAGCAGGAGCAGCAGCAGCAGAGCAGCAAGAAGUGGCAGCAGGAGUGGAGGCCUGGAGCCAAGUGGCGCUUCCAGAUCCUUCUGUCGUGACAGAAGAAAUUUUGGACUUUUUAUUUCUUUCCACGGAAGCAGCAGCAGCGCGGGAGCAGCAAAUGCGGCAAAGCAACUGCAGCAGCAGCAGCAGCAGCAGCAGCAGCAGCAGCAGCAGCAGCAGUUACGCGAACUACAGCAAGGAGGGGCAGAGCAGCUCGCCGAGAGACGUGCAGGCGGCUCUGAGCUUCGAAAGCAUAGCAGCGGACACCGAGCCUGCUGCUGCUGCUGCAGCAGCAGCAGCAGCAGCAGCAGCAGCAGAAAGCAGCAGCAGCAGCGGGUCGAGCGCGGCGGAGUGCAGGGAGCUGCUGCUGUGCAGCAGCAGCCCGUCCUCGUCGUCUCCCGCCGCCGCGGGCGCGGCGGCCGCGGGCGCAGCAGCAGCAGCAGCAGGAGGGAGCAGCAAGAAGCGGAAAGAAGCAGCAGCAGCAGCAGCAGCAGCAGCAGCAGCAAAAGACAUGGCCGCGGAAAUAGCCGUGGCGAGGCUGCGGCUGCGGACGCUGCAGAAGCUGAGAGAAGCAAACUGCCUGCUGGAGUUUGUCGGCAGCUUUUUCGGAAACUUGGAUUUAAUUCUGUCUCGGCUGCUGCAGCUGCAGCAGCCCGCGGAGGCGCUGCUGCGGCUGCUGCGGGCCCGCGAGCCCAACUCUUGUUUGCAAAAAGUCAUUUUAAAUAAAGUGGAGAAACUCUUCGCGGCUUGGCGGAAGUUCCGCGCCCACGCUCGGGUGUAUCUACAGCUCGCGGCCGAGCGCAACGGAAAGCUGCUCGACUUGAAGCUGCACGUACAGCUCAGGACUGACCAGGUCGACGCGAUCAAGGCCCUCAAGAGCUGA